AUGCCGGCGCGCCAGGCGCAGGAAUGCACAAUGCGGCUGCAGUCUCAUACCGACGAGGUGGUGGAGACUGCCAAUGACAGGGAGGUUGCAUGGACCCGGAGGAAGCUUGGCUCCGCUGCUUCAUUUCCUGCCUCCCGCACCACCGCCGCCUCCGACCUUGACAUCAGGCCUCGUGGCGCCGAAAUUCGAUCGGAUGGAGUACGCGUAGCAGCCAGGUACAAUCAGCAGUCGGAUGGAGGUGGUGGAGAGGGUGGAGGGUUCGGCAAUGGCGGCGGUGUUGGGUUUGAAGGUGGUGGAGGGGGUGGAGGGUUCGGCACUGGGGGUGUUGGUGCCAUGGAUAGUGGUGUUGGGUUUGGAGGUGGUGAAGGGGGUGGUGGCUUUGGCAAUGAUGGUGGAGGUGCGUUUGGAGGUGGUGUUCGUUUCGGCCGUGGUGAUGGAGAUGGGAUUGAUGCUUCGGCAAACCAUGUGGAUGGCGGUGGUGGUGGUGGUGGUGCUACGAGCGGUGGUGCUUGUUCUCUGAACCAAGUUGAAGAUGGUGCUCAUUCUCCGGUCCAAGUUCAUGAAGAUGGUGGUGCUACAGGCGGUGGUGAUGAUCUUCGCAACAAUGAGGAUGUUGCUUGA